CCUUCUAAGAAGAUAAGUAAUAUAGGACACCCUGGUACUGACAAAGUGAGCUGUACCAUAUGGGAACACAGUGAGUGCAAGAAAGUCGACUUAACAGCUUUAGAUGUCAGCUCAGCCAUCAUUCAAAAAGUGGAUUCCUCACAGGAUAGCACAGAAUAUCUCUACUUUGGAGUUUUCUUUGCUUUGGUUUUGUCUUUUUUACCCCUGUUGUUUCGCUUACGUGACGGAAUUGCUACAUAUGUCAUCCAGGAUGCCACAACAGAUGUACUUUCAUUGUCAGUGCCAAGUUCUGAAGAAGUGGUCAAAAUAACAGAUGGAAUUCUGGAGACUAUGCUAGGAACAGGAUGGAGAGUAAAAAUUGUAGUUUUAAUUGUCAUGCUGGAGAGAUUUAUGUUCAGCCUUGCAUUUUUCUUCUUACUUUCUGUUGCUGAGAAAACUUUUAAACAGCGUUUUUUUUAUGCUAAGCAUUUUUGCUCUCUCACAUCUUCAAGACGAGCUAAGCGAGCAAAUUUGCCUCACUUCCGUUUGAACAAAGUUAGGAAUAUUAAAAUAUGGCUUUCUAUACGGUCUUAUUUGAAGAAAUUGGGCCCUCAGAGAUCUGUUGAUGUUAUUGUUUCUAUUGCAUUUAUUUUGGAAGUUUGUGUUGUUUCAAUUUUAUGCAUUCAGAUUUUGAAGGAAACUAGUCAGUUUGCUGAUAUGUUAUAUUGUUGGGAACUUUUAUUCUGGACAAUAGCUCUUGGUAUUUACCUUUUACGCUUCAUGAUAAUUGGUUCAAAAAUAAAUAAAAAGUAUCGAAAUUUAUCAGUCCUCAUCACAGAGCAG